UUUUUAUUUUUAGUGAAACCUGUUUCAAUUUAAAUUACGCCACCUACGUGCGCGGAUAUGUAGUAACACUCCCCGGCUCCUGCGUUGAUUGGUUUAAAGUUUGCAGAAGGGGUGGAGCAUGCCUGCCGUAAAAACCUCGUUCUCCUGAAAGUUUUUGAAAGUUCCCAAAACCUUUAGGACUAUCUACGGGCGCGCUCUUAAUCAAGGACUAAAAUUGGAUCCACGCCUUCAAUCAAUAAAGAUUAUAACUAAAAUCUAGUUGCAAGCAGAGAUUUGUGUCGAAUUCAAAGCACACCCGUGUUAACAUCGACGAUGCAGGCGCGUUACCCGGUGUCAGACCCCAAUGCUCUCGGAGUCGUGCCUUAUCUCAACGACCAAAAUUAUUACCGAGCCGCUGGCAGCUAUGGCAACAUGCCUACCCCGAUGAGCGUGUAUUCGGGACACGAUCAAUAUACUUCAGGUAUGGCGAGAACUUACGGACCUUACCAUCACCACCAACAGCCGGCUCCCAAAGACCUGGUGAAGCCUCCAUACAGCUACAUCGCCCUUAUAACCAUGGCAAUCCAGAAUGCGCCUGAUAAGAAAAUUACUCUCAAUGGGAUAUAUCAGUUUAUCAUGGAUCGCUUUCCAUUUUACCGUGAAAAUAAACAGGGUUGGCAGAACAGCAUCCGCCACAACUUAUCUCUGAACGAGUGUUUUGUUAAAGUGCCGCGGGAUGAUAAAAAGCCAGGUAAAGGGAGCUACUGGUCGCUAGAUCCCGAUUCGUACAACAUGUUUGAGAACGGCAGCUUUUUGCGGAGAAGGAGGAGAUUUAAGAAAAAGGACGCGAUGAGGGACAAGGAAGAGCGAGACCGUCAGCAGAAAGAUCAUAAAGGCGUCCAGAACUCGGUUUCGCAGAGCGACACCGCCAAGGACAAUAUGGGUAAAAAGGUGGUGGUCAAAAAAGAAGCCGUGUCCCCCGGAAUGCCUGUCAUCACCAAAGUCGAGAGCUUAGAGAGCCCGGACAACAACAGUAUGAUGCAAGACAGCCCGAGAAGUGUUGCUUCCACACCGUCUGUUUCAACAGAAAGUUCCAUCCCUGACCACAAUCCUUCAAACAACAGCCUGUCCGGCUUCAGCGUGGAAAAUAUUAUGACAUUAAGGACAUCUCCUCACGGAGAUCUGAAUCCGGUGGCUGUGCCCGCGAGUAGGACUGGUAUGGUUUCCUCUUUGCCGGUGAAUUAUCCUCAAACGCCACAAUCCAUCUACAGCCCGGCGUGCAGUCAAAAUCUCGACUCGAGUGGAAGUUACCAUUGUAGUAUGAGAACCAUGAGUCUGUACGCAGGGGACAGGAACAGCCACAUGUUGGUGCCCACCAACUUAGAGGAUGCUAUCUCAGAUCAUUCUGUCAGUACCAGCUCCUCGCUCAACGCCAUGAACCUUAGCACGGCGCAGGAAGGAGUCCUAACCUCUGGUCACCAUCAGCAGUCCGGGAGCGCAGGACAAGCGGCUUCCUGGUACAUGAACCACGGGGCAGAUCUCAAUCACCUCCCGGGCCACACAUUCGGAGGGCAACACCAGACUUUCCCCAAUGUUCGGGAGAUGUUCAACUCCCACCGGCUCGGCAUUGAGAGCUCAGCCCUCAGUGACCAUCAGGUGAGCGGGAACACAAGCUGUCAAAUUCCUUAUCGAUCAACACCGUCAGUAUACCGUCAUUCAGGCCCAUACGCCUACGACUGCAAUAAGUAUUGAUUUAGAAACCAACCUAUCUAUCUUUAACACAAAAAAAGUCUAUAUUUGGGAAUGAAAACAAAGCAGCAUUCGCAUCUUAAGGCUGCAUAUAAAAUAUUGACUGUGACUUUCCAAACUGCGGUGCGAGUGGCCAAACGAGUUGUCGAUUUGUAGUUAGUGUGUUUGAGGAUUUUGAGACCUCAAAAGACAGUCUUUGCUUAAAAUUCUUAAAAACAAGGGAAGCCUACUUGAAUAAUUAAAAGUUAGUAAAACGGCAAGUGCCAAGUGUAGGGUUUAAAACUGUUUAAUGGACCAAUAUUCUAGUGAUACGUGUUCUGUUCUGUCUGUGCAGUAUUUGUUUAACAACAUCAAGUUCCAUUUUAAAAUGCUUUCUCUUUUCUCUCCUAACGUUUUGUCUGGUGUUGAUGCAACGUUAUAUUUGAUGUAAAUUGUACGAUUUUCUAUGGAGGCUACGUUACAGAGCCAUUUAAUAUAUUUUAGUUCCGUUCACUGGAUGUCGAUUUUAUUGUUCCCAGCCUUUGUAAAGUGCCAAAGCGUAACUGUUACUCAACCUCAGUUUUAUAGCCGUGUGCUUUGUACAGUGUAAUUCUUAUUACGUUAUUAUCAACGAUAUAUUUGCUCCGUUUAGAACCAAAGAACUAAUUUAUUGGAUGCAUAGUAUUUUUCUAAACCUCGAGAUCUCUUUUUUUUUAAAGAAGUGACGGUGUAUAUUGGUGACCCAGGCCCCGAUGCCGUGAGCGCUCCUUCAGAGGAGAGGAUUGUAGUGGUUGUUUUAAGAACACUUCCUUUUUCGAGUUCAGUUGAUCUCAAUUGCUGUAUUUAUCUGAAAAAAAACCCCACAAUAAAUCAGCGUUGUUUUUAUUUGCCUUA